UUUGUUAAUUUUACAGCUAUUUAUUAUUAUUAUAUUUUUGCAAUCUUAAAAUAAUAAAUUAGUUUGCAAUGACGUUUGUAAAAGACGAAGAUUUGUAUGCAAUGUCAAGUUUCAGCUCUCUCAUUCAGCAAGAAGAACAAGAGGAGGUUGUGCUGUUGGAUUUACACACUGCAUGUCUAAUUGGUGAUUAUGAUGUAGUCAGAGAUUUUAUUGAAAGACAAGUUAAUAUUAAUAAGCAAAAUCUUGGAGGUUGGACUCCAUUAAUGUAUGCUUCUUAUGUGGGUAGAGACAAUAUCUUAAAUUUACUACUUGAGGCAGGAGCAAAAACAGAAAUAUUUGCAAAGAAAGAUGGAUUAACUGCUCUAAUGCUAGCAUCAUACUGUGCUACAGAAUCUAUCAUGUAUUUUCUAUUGCAGUAUGGUGCGCAUAUUAAUGCAAGAGAUAACAAUGGGAUGACAAGUUUAUUUCAUGCAGUUCGUCAAGGGCAUAAAAGUGCUGUUAAACUUUUAGUUACUCAUGGUGCUGAUUUAAAUUUAGGACACUUUCAGACUGGUUUGACUCCAUUGAUGGAGGCUGCUAUUAGUGGCCAUGAAGAGAUUUUUAGUAUUCUUUUAGAAAAUGGAGCUGAUUUAGAAUUGAAAGAUAAUCAGGGGGCAAAUGCACGUGCUUUGGCUGUUCAUUAUGGUCAUGCUUCAGUUUUAGGACUUAUUGAUAAGGCAUUAAUAACUCAAAGGCAACAGAAAAACUUAAGAGAAGAACCAAAGUUGGCAGGUGUCGAUGUAAUAUUUCAUCCAGGAGUUCAUGAAUCAAACAUUAGUGAAGGACCAUCUACUAUACACUCUUUGAUACAAGCAGCGAGCGUUGCUGCACAACAACAGUCUCAACAACAAAUUCCUGUUGCGACGUUGUGUCCAGACUUUACUCGACUCACCACGAAAAAUCAACCCGUUGAAAACACAUUUGAAAACGCUAACACAGACCAUUUUUCUGAUGAAAGAUAUUCAAAGAAAGUUGGACAUUUUAAAAAUGACGUUACUGACAAGACUUAUUAUCAACACUUCUAUGUUCCUGAGAGUCUUCAGGAGUUGUUAGAAGAGUUAAAUUUAGAAACGCACUUAGCAAAGUUUGAAAACCAGUUGAUUGAUAUAAGCACGUUUUUGACGCUAAAUGACGCGGAUUUACGGGAAAUUGGAAUUGACAAAUUAGGUCCUCGGAAGAAAAUAUUGAUGGCAAUUGCCAAAAUCAAGCAAAGGAUAGUUCCCAAAACGGAUACAAUACACGGUCAAGAGAUACACACACAAAUUCAUGAUUUAAAUAAUCAGCUGCAGCAGUCGUUAGCUUAUAUUAAACAACUGGAAACACAAUUGCAAAAUGAGCAACAUGUCCGCAUGAAAUUUACCUCUUAUUUGGAAAACGAACAGCAGCGCUUGCGACAAAUUCUUUUUUAUGCAAAUGACGUUGGUAAAAACUGUAAAGAAGCUUCUUCUCAAAUCCAGAAAAUUAAAGACUUUAACAGUCAGACGUCAACGUUACUGCAGCAACUUAAUAACAACUUAGUUUCUAAGGAUUUUACUGUAGACUCUAAUAUAUUCGAAACUGUUAACUUGAUUAAUUGUGAAAGUGAUAUAGUAAUGAAUCGGUUAGAUAUUGCAUACAAACAAAUUGAAAGAACAUUAGCUCUAUUACGCAUACCUAACUCCGUUACUCCUAUUUGAAAAACAGCAAUAAUAGGAUGCAGAGCUUAAAUUCUUUGCAUAAUAACGGAUCUGUUCUCCGUAUGGAAGUUAUUAAGUUAAAAGAAUUUUAACUUUAUUAGAAAUAUAAAACAACUUUUACGUUUUUGAAAUUAACUUGGCGAUAGACAACCUUGUUUAUAUGGAUGACAAUGGAUAUUUCUUUAAUACGCAUAUUUAUUUUUCAAGUAUUUAAACAAUUUUUGUUUAACUUUUUUUUAAAGGAUUGUUUUGUAAAUAUCGGGGAUUUUUUUUUUUUUAUUUAUUUUUGAGAAUUGUAAAACCUGCUUAUAUUUGAAUUGAAUUUGAAC